AUCGGGCUCGAUAUUCAACAAUUUUUUGACGUAAAUACAAACAUGAACUUGUCCCGAAACUUGAGAAUCUUUUACCAAAAUAAAGGAUAUCAACUAAUUUCUCCAAGAACAGUCAGUUCAGCAUCCAGUCCAGUUGUUGUGGAGAAUAUUGGCACAAUAUCACUGAUUGGCAUUAAUCGCCCAGAGAGGCGGAAUGCUGUGGAUCCACCCACUGCUGAGGUUCUGUAUAAAGCCUUCAAAGACUUCGAACAAGACAGAAACAGAUCGGUAGCAAUACUUUAUGGAAAAGAUGGUAACUUUUGUGCUGGAUAUGACUUGAAAGCUUUAUCUAAAGUGGGGACGCAAAUUCCAUCAAAUGACCCAGACCACGCAGAGAUUGGACCAAUGGGACCUUCUCGAAUGGCUUUCAGUAAGCCAGUGAUAGCGGCUGUGUCUGGGUAUGCGGUUGCCGGCGGGAUGGAGCUGGCUAUGAUGUGUGACCUCAGAGUCAUGGAGGAAUCUGCUAAAAUGGGAGUCUUCUGUCGGAGAUUUGGCGUCCCAUUAAUCGACGGGGGAACUGUGCGUUUGCCACGGUUGGUGGGACUUUCCCGUGCGUUAGACCUUAUUUUGACAGGAAGGGAAAUCGGAGCCCGAGAGGCAUAUGACUUUGGUCUGGCAAACCGAGUGGUUCCAGAUGGAAAGUCCCUUGAAGUCGCAAUAGAGCUGGCAAAAACUUUAAGCAAAUUUCCUCAAAGAUGCAUGAAUACAGAUCGUUCGUCUGCCUACUACGGCGUGUAUGAUGCAAAGAGUAGGAAAGAUGCUCUACAGCGCGAGUAUACGGAGGGCAUAAAGGUCAUUGUAGAGGAAGCAAUUCCAGGUGCUCAAAAGUUUGCCCAAGGUCUUGGAAAACAUGGUAGCUUCAAUAUCGGCGAUCAAAGUGGACGCAAGUCCAAACUGUAACAGUCUGAACAGCAAAGGUACCCGGGGUUGCUUAUCAUCAGUGCAAAGUCAUACUGAUCCGUUCUGGCUGUAUGUUCCUCAGUGGGAAAAUUUUAAAUUCAGUGAUUAUUCAGACCUAGAAAUUAACAUUUUCUUUGUCGAAUCAAAGGGGAAUUGAAAUGAUGAUAUGAUAUAACGCAGGUUUGAAGACAGUAUUUUACAAUGUCAUUAUUCUGAUCUUGUAAUUGGACAGUGGACGUGUUUAAAGUUUGUACACGUAAUAAUCAUUAAGAUUAAAUAACACAGACAUUAAUUGGUGCUUUGAUUAUAUUGUUGUAAAGACAUACUACACAACAGUUUUUUUUUAAUUAAAAUAACAUUUUUCAAACA